ACCAAAGUGGAACUCAAAGACAGAGCGCCUGACAAAACCAAGACAGCCGCGGCUAAGAAUGUUGCAAAGGCACCAGCAAAAGAGAACAAAAAGCCUCUUGAAUUCAAGCUUCAUUCUGGCGACAGGGCAAUGAAACGUGCCAUGUUCAACUAUUCGGUUGCAACUAAUUACUAUAUCACAAAACUGCAGAAAAAACAAGAAGAGAGAUUGCAAAAGAUGAUCGAAGAGGAAGAGAUUCGUGUGCUAAGGAAAGAAAUGGUUCCAAAAGCUCAAUUGAUGCCUUUCUUCGACCGACCUUUCCUCCCACAAAGAUCGAGCAGACCAUUGACAAUGCCAAAGGAACCAAGUUUUGGAAACGUAAACAGCACUUGUUGGACUUGUGUCUUCAACAAUCAACACUAUCUCUACCAUUUUCACCAUGCUCAUGCUUAA